AUGUCUCAAACAAUAACAACAAUCUCGGAGAUACACUAUGGAUGUCCGGGAACAGCGAUACAGGUUCGAAUAUUACGCAUGUGGACCCCACAAAUAAGGAGUCAGGAAACAUGGUUCUUAGCUGUUGACAAGAAUGGUGAUGCAAUUCAAAUACUCGGACAACGAAAGGAUCAAGGAUUUGUUCAGUCUGUCCUUAUUCCUAAUAGAUGCUAUACAAUUGAAAAAUAUGGAUGUGGGAUCCCAGACCGCUAUAAAAAAUGGAUGGAAAAAGACUUUUACAUUGCUGUUGGGACAACAUCCUCAAUUACAACAAUUCCAGACACACACGUCAUACCUACAUACUGGUUUAACUUUAUUUCCAAAAAAAGAUAUUCCAGAUUAUGUGGAUCGACAUGCAGUGGUGAUGACAUUGCAAUAAGUUUGUGGAAAGAAUGUACCAACAUACUUUCAAAAUUCGAUCGUGUUUCUCUUGAAAAUGCUCCUACUCCUGCUGUUGUUGCUAUAAGCAGUGUAAAAAUCUCGAACUAUGCAGGGUCAUUGAGACUUGGCACAAGCAGCGCAAGUCACUUGUACAUCAACCCAACAAUUCCAGAAACAACAAUACUUAUAGACAGUUAUGGAACUUUUCAACAGUCACCAGUCAACUUUGAUCCCCCAACAUUGUUAUCAGAUAUAUUACAAAAAACUUAUUCAGAUCUUUCGGACAAAACUUUCACUGCAAAGGCAUCCAUAAGUGAAUAUAUUUAUUCAGAUUGUUGGUUCAAACUUAGUGCAAUCAUUACAGAUGAAAGUCAAUCAAUGACCAUUGUGCUUUCUGAUAAUGCAACACAAGACUUAUUUGGUACAACAUCAGAUAAGCUUAUAUCACAUGAUGACAUAAACCACAGGAAAAUUUUACCUCUAAUUGCCAGUGCUUUACAAGGAAUUCCCAAGAAAAUGAAAUUACGUAUGACUAAUACAUCAACGGACAACAAAAUCCGCUUCAUUAUUACAGAUAUUGACAAAUCCCCCUCUGAAGAAAAAAUUCCCAUACGGACACCACUAAUGCAACAGCCAACAUCUUCAAAACACAAUGAAAAGGAGUCAACUUCCAUCCCCCAACAGGGUAGACUGAAUGUUAGAAGAUCCCUACCAUUCGAAAGCCAAGAUACAGCAACUACAAAACGCAAAACCGCACGGAAGACAGAUUAG